CAGUCCCUGCACCGGCCCUCUCCUCCUCGUCGCUCGCCAAACAAUGGCUUCUUCUUCUUCUUCCAGCCCCCGAAGCAGCCGCGUAGCCACGUGCCUCGUGCUGGCUCUCCUGGUCGUCAGCCUCAGAGAAGCCUCCGCCUGGCGCCCGCUCCGGCCGGCCGGCGACGUGUCCAGCGGUAGCGAGCUGAGGGACCAGGCGAUCGUUGACAGGUACCCGCCACUUUUGCCCACCAUGCUGCCGAGGGGCCCGGCACCUCCGUCCGCCCCAAGCGGCGGCACCAACGAGGCCGGGAACUGAUUAAGCAAGCACAAGGUUUUGCCGUAGGAUGGACCUGUCGAUCUACAGAAUUCGUUAGGCACUAAUAGUUGAACAGGAUUCUUUGAGUGGGAAACGGACAUAGGUCCCCCAAAAUUAUACCUUCAUUCUUUCGUUUUGUCCCUUCAAGUAUUUGAUUGAAAGAGUUCUGUCUUGACUCAU